GCCCAGCCCCGAGCCAUGGCCCUGAGCGAGUUGGCGCUGGUCCGCCGGCUGCUGGACGGCCGUCACUCCCGGAAGCUCAUCCUGUUCAUCGUGUUCCUCGCGCUGCUUCUGGACAACAUGCUGCUCACCGUCGUGGUCCCCAUCAUCCCAAGUUACUUGUACAGCAUCGAGCACGAGAAAAAUGCAACCGAAGUCCCGACUACCCGGCCAGCACCCACAGCCUCCCCCUCAGACGGCUUCCAGAGCAUCUUUUCCUACUAUGACAACUCCACCGUGGCCACUGGGAACACCACCGGAGACCUCCAGGGGCGGCCGCUGCCCAAGGCCACCACGCAGCCCAUGGUGACCAACUCGUCCGCGGGCCCUUCCGACUGUCCCAGCGGGGACAAGGACCUCCUGAAUGAAAACGUGCAAGUUGGCCUGUUGUUUGCCUCCAAAGCCACGGUCCAGCUGCUCACCAACCCGUUCGUAGGACUGUUGACCAACAGAAUCGGCUACCCAAUUCCAAUGUUUGUGGGAUUCUGCAUCAUGUUCGUCUCCACGAUUAUGUUCGCCUUCUCCAGGAGCUACGCCCUCUUGCUGAUCGCCAGGUCGCUGCAGGGCAUCGGCUCCUCCUGCUCCUCGGUGGCUGGGAUGGGCAUGCUUGCCAGCGUGUACACAGAUGACGAGGAGAGAGGCAACGCCAUGGGGAUUGCCCUGGGCGGCCUGGCCCUGGGGGUCUUAGUGGGCCCCCCCUUCGGGAGUGUGCUGUACGAGUUUGUGGGGAAGACGGCCCCGUUCCUGGUGCUGGCUGCCCUGGUGCUCCUGGAUGGAGCUAUUCAGCUCUGCGUGCUCCAGCCGUCCCGGGUGCAGCCAGAGAGCCAGAAGGGGACGCCGCUGAUCACUCUGCUGAAGGACCCCUACAUCCUCAUCGCCGCAGGGUCCAUCUGCUUUGCAAACAUGGCCAUCGCCAUGCUGGAGCCGGCCCUGCCCAUCUGGAUGAUGGAGACCAUGUGUUCCCACAAGUGGCAGCUGGGCGUUGCUUUCUUGCCGGCUAGUAUCUCUUAUCUCAUUGGAACCAAUAUUUUUGGGAUACUCGCACACAAGAUAGGGAGGUGGCUUUGUGCCCUGCUGGGAAUGGUGAUUGUGGGGACCAGCGUUUUAUGGAUCCCUUUUGCAAAAAACAUUUAUGGACUCAUAGCUCCCAACUUCGGAGUUGGUUUCGCAAUUGGCAUGGUGGACUCAUCGAUGAUGCCCAUCAUGGGCUACCUGGUGGACCUGCGGCACGUGUCCGUCUACGGGAGCGUGUACGCCAUUGCAGACGUGGCCUUCUGUAUGGGAUACGCUUUAGGUCCUUCUGCUGGCGGGGCUAUCGCGAAGGCAAUUGGAUUUCCGUGGCUCAUGAGAAUUAUUGGAAUAAUUAAUAUUCUUUUUGCUCCUCUCUGCUUUUUUCUUCGAAGUCCACCUGCCAAGGAAGAAAAAAUGGCUAUUCUCAUGGAUCACAACUGCCCUGUUAAAACAAAAAUGUACACUCAGAACAAUGUCCAGUCGUAUCCGCUAGGUGAUGAAGAAUCUGAAAGUGACUGAGACCCUCAGAAGUCACCAAAGCAUUUCGUCGUGUGAAGCAGUGUUCCCUGUGCAGUGACGCAUCCAGAACCAUCUUAGUCAUCCCACACGUCCCUGGUGAAACAGUAGAACCAAAAGUUACCCUUUCUUUUCCGUGGGUAUGGUCGAUUGCCAACAGCCUUAUAAAGAAAAAGCAGCUUUUCUAGGGGUUUGUAUAAAGUGUUGAAAACUUUAUUUUAUGUAUUUGAUUUUAUUAAAUAUUAUACAAUAUAUUUUGACGAAAUAGAUAUAGUGUAAAUCUAUAAAUAUUUGAAUCCAAAUCAGAUAUAACUUUUUAACUUACAUUCACGAACACUUGGGUCAAAAAAAAACACACCUUAUAUUUUUUCUGAAUAUUGGUAAUGAGUGUUUAAAACUAAAGUACACGUUAUC